AAUACUGAAAAUUCAAAGACGAAUUUACCUAGCCAAUUUGGUAGUCUCACGUUUUCUUCAAAACGAAUGGAAAAGCAAUAAUGAGAACUAUUUGAGACUAGAUGAAGCUAUUUUGGAUGAAGAUAGAGAGAAAUUUUCAACUUAUAGAACAAAUCAACAUGAUGAUUUAGUCAGACAAUUUUACAUGGCCAUAAAGGUGUAUCUGUUGAAAGAAAAACCAAUAGCAACAAAAAAUGAAGUACUGAGAUAUUAUAUAUUUUUAGUGACGGCAAGGAUUAUGCAUUAUGCUAUAAUUGGAAUGGUCCUAUACCUGGUAUUAUGGAAAUAUAAUUUACCAACGAAGACAUGGGAGAUGAUAUAUAAUUAUAUAAAUAAUCUUGAUUCUUGACUUCAUUACUGACUGGAUAUUUCCGAAGAAAGGCAGUUUAUCAUUCAUUCAGUUAUUAAACUAGAAAAAUCAUUGAAGUUUGUUAAUUUCACUGAAUAUAAAAUGAAAUUUACCAAUUCUUCUCGAAA